AUGAACGGAGCGGCGGGGAGCGGCACGGCGGCGGCGGGGCUGCUGGCGGGGGCCGGGAGCGCUGCCGUGGUGGAGCUGGAACGAGCUUUGCGCUGCUGCACCUCCGCGUCCGUGGUCACCGACGGCGACGGCAGCGGGUCGGGGGCGGACGAACGGAGCCUGUACAUCAUGCGGGUGGUGCAGAUCGCCGUGAUGUGCGUCCUGGCCCUCACCGUUGUCUUCGGCAUCUUCUUCCUCGGUUGCAAUCUCCUCAUCAAGUCCGAGGGGAUGAUUAACUUUCUGGUUAAGGACCGGAGGCCAUCCAAGGAGGUAGAAGCGGUGGUGGUGGGACCUUACUGA